CUUAGUUGGGCGGAGCCCGACCGUCCCUGACGGGAGGUCGGGGGACAUGCUUAUAUAGGAUUUGUACUUGUGUGUUAUGUAAUACUGCUUGGAGCAUCAUGAAUAUAAUCAUUUUAAGUGGGUGUUAAACGCAAUAUGCACCGCACUGCACCACACUGGCUGGCACUGAACAACAUGACUUUGCUACUAAAUAAAUAAAGUACUGAGCAAGAAUGGCCCAAGUGCUACAAUGUUUUGGAUGUGGGGAUGAGCUAUCAAGGCCUGGUAACAGGAGAGCUCUUGAUGGUCCAGCUGGAAAGGAAGUGUUGGACCUGUGGACAAUGCUACUGGAGAAUGAGGAAGAACAGAUGUGUGCUGAUGUCGACAUUAACAGUAUUGUAAAUGGCAGUGAUAAAAACAGAUUGCCCAAAAUGUGCAGGAAAUGUUUCGGUAGAUAUAGCAGCUUUCUUGAAGCACAGGUAAUAAUGAAAAUAAAAUUUGUAAUUAGCUGAAAGAAGUAACUAAGUCUUAGGUCACACUGUCCACAUAAACAUGACUUAGAACAAGCACAAGCAAUUGAAACCGAGAUCAACAUGUUUGUAAUUGUCAAUAUUUCGGAAAAGACUAUCCCUUCUACAAUCUGUAGUGUUGAAGUUUGAAGCAUAUUCUUUAAUCUCAUUAUCAACUUGAUGGUAAAUUCUUGCCUUCAAAAGGGUUACACGUGAUGGUUUACCAUCUCGACCUGCUCUACCAGUCUCUUGUACAUAGCUACUGAUAUCGUCUGACAGGCCAACAUGAAUGAUUUACCGAAUGUUGGGACAAUCAACACCCAUACCAAAUUCCAUAGUAGCUACAACAAUGCGAAGAUUGCCAUCACCCUUAAAUAAACGAAUGAUUUCAGAUUUAUGGGCUGGAUCAGUGACACUUGUAAACAUGUCCACGAGGCGAAAUUCAGGAAGAUCAGGUGCAUCAUCAGGAUUUGUGAAUGCAGCUCCAAGGUAAUCCUUAAAGAAGAGGUACAUGUCACCACACACCAAAAGAACGUCCAUAUAUGAUUGUUGUGGGAAACUUGUUUCUCUCGAUUACCAAUUUCUGGGCCAAGUUUUGGAAUGUCUCUGGUAUACUUUUGAACAAUCCAACAGCAUAAAUCAAAUUUGGGAUUACUGGGACUCUCGUAAUGACAAAUGGGUUUCUUAGGCCAACAAUACGAGAAAUGAAUGAAAUGUCACUUCGGGUAGCUGUUGCUGUUAGCGCCAUCACAUGAACUGAUGUUGGAAUGAGGCUGCGCACUUCUCUAAUUCUCAACAGCAUUUGCCUGAAAGUCUCACCCCUGCAAUAAUAUUAUUGGUACACAUGUUAAUAAUAAACGAUGAGUCAAAUACAUACCAUUUCUUCACACAAUGAGCUUCAUCGAUUAUCAAAGCCUUGAGUCUAUUAGCAUACACAUCUCCCCCCAGAAGUCUUCUCCAAUGCUUCUUGCUGAUGAUCAUUUCAGGUGUAAAGAAUACUAGCUGAUACUUUCCGUGGAAGAUCGCAUCCAUUGUAGCUGCAUCAGACAUCUCGCCCGAGACAUAUGUGCUAGAGAUGCCUUUAGAACAAUAGAUGGCUACCUAUAUAAUAAUAGAAUAAAAGCAUCCAGCUUAGAAUGAUCUAGUUAUGUGUAAACAGCUCAUAUGCACAUGUACGUAUAAUUAUAUGUAUGUUCUAUCUAGCCUUACAUACCUGAUCAUGAAUGAUGGCCAGCAGAGGACUGGAGUAACUACUACUACUACAAUAGAAUGACCUUUCUCCUUCUCCAAUAUUUUGUCAAAUGCUGCAGGCAAACAAGCAUAGCAAAGGCUCUUUCCAAAUCCAGUAGGCAAUACAGCAAAGACAUCUCUGUCUCUCAGAAAAGAAGUGACUACUUCCAAGCUGGUUAGCAGCUUCUGUAGCUGUGACAACUUGUGUAACUUUCUCCAUUUUGCUCAAGGCAGCUCCGCCCAGCUGCACACCCACCUAGCUAAGUGGGUGUUAACCAACCACUUGCAAUACUGCAAUCUGAUUGGGCUGCACUCCUCAGUGCAGCAGUACAAAUCCUAUAUAAGCGUGUCACCCGGCCACCCGUUGGGAACGGGUGCCGGGCUCCGCCCAGCUAGGCCGCUCUAGCAAAGAAGAUACUUGUUUAGCUCCUGUAAGUUAGUGCAAAUGAAUUUUACACUAUUGUAGUACAUUUAUUUACAAGGUGCUAAGCCGAUUGGAACAUGCAGGUGCCCGUCUGAAGAAGGAGAAAUGCCAUUUCAUGCUACCAUCAGUGGAAUAUUUGGGUCAUCGUAUCUCCAAGGAUGGUUUACAACCCAUGGACGGGAAGAUUCGAGCACUUAGAGAUGCCCCAGUACCAAGGAAUGUGAGUCAGCUGAAAUCAUUCCUAGGAAUGUUGAACUACUACAACAAAUUUUUGCCUAACCAUUCUCACAAUCUGGCCCCCCUGCACAAGUUGUUGCAGAAGAACACACCAUGGAUCUGGGAUCCAGAGCAUCAGGAAGCUUUUGACAGUGCUAAAGUGACACUCACAUGAUAAAGCGCUCGCUCAUUUCGAUCCAGAGAAGGAAUUGAUUUUAGCUUGUGACGCCUCACCAUAUGGCCUUGGAGUUGUCCUGUCACACAAGUUCGAAGAUUGUGCGGAGAAGCCCAUCGCAUACGCCUCCAGGACUUUGGCACCUGCAGAAAAGAGGUAUUCUCAACUGGAUAAAGAGGGAUUAGCCAUAAUCUUUGGAGUAAAGCGUUUUCAUCAAUACCUAGUCCGGAGACACUUCCUCAUUCAAUCAGAUCACAAGCCUUUGGAAGAUUUGUUUAAAGAAACGAAAGGAGUACCAACCUUGGCCUCUGCUCGGUUGCAGUGGUGAGCUUUGACCUUGGGAGCCUACGACUACACUAUCACAUACAAGCCUGGACCACAGCAUUGCAACGCCAAUGUGCUUAGCCGAUUGCCGCUACCCAAUUCUCCAGGAAAUGUCCCCGUUCCACAAGAGACAGUAUGGCGAUGGAGAUGUUGUGUGUCUCGAUCCCAGUACAACCUAAACAGCUGAAGAAAUGGACAGACAAAGACCUGCUCAUGUCUAAAGUACGAUACAAGGUACAAACCGGUUGGGAAGAUACACAAGACCCUGCCUGGAAGCCAUACCAACAACACAACCUGGAACUGAGUAUCCAAGAUGGAUGUUUGUUGAGAGGAAGUUGUGUGAUAAUACCGCCUCAAGGUCGAUCACAGAUCACGGAACAGUUACAUGAAGGUCAUCCAGGAGUAUCACGUAUGAAAAACUUAGCAAGAUCAUUUGUGUGGUGGCCAGGUAUAGACAAUGACUUAGAAGAACGAGUGAAACUAUGCGAGAGUUGCCAGAGAACAAGGCACCAACCACCCCCACACCUAUACAACCUUGGGAUUGGCCGCAACGACCCUGGGUUAGGAUUCAUGCUGAUUACGCCGGUCCGAUUGAAGGACACAUGCUGUUGAUAGUGGUGGACUCACACUCUAAGUGGAUAGAGGUAAAGGUGGUAAAGGUGGUAAAGAAUGCCACAUCCUUGGUAACGAUGGAACAUUUUCGAACGAUGUUUGCCACCCAUGGAUUGCCAAAGAUGUUAGUGACUGAUAAUGGCACACCAUUUGUGAGCAAGGAGAUCGAAGUAUUCUACAAACAGAAUGGUAUUCGUCAUGUCAGAUCUGCACCAUACCACCCAGCCACCAAUGGCUUAGCAGAGCGUGCAGUACAAUCUGUCAAGAGUUUCCUAAAGAAAGAGACGAGAGGAUCACUUCAAACUCGAGUGUCCCAGUUCUUGUUGAGACAUCGGAUAACACCUCACACGGUGACGGGUGUAUCUCCUUCGGAGUUGCUGAUGGGACAUCGAAUCCGAUCAAGGCUGGAUCUGUUACUUCCAAAUCUUCCAGCCAAGGUGUUAAAGAAACAAACUGAUCAAGUGGCUGGUAGAAACAAAGAGACCAACAGACGAACUUUUAGCAUCGGAGACCUAGUGUCUAGUCGAGAUCUCCCUAAACGCAAGAGUUGGUUACCAGGUACAGUUAUUUCUGUAAGUGGGUCCCAACUGGAAAUUCGUCUGACAGAUGGACGUCUGUUCCGUAGACAUAUUGAUGAUGUUUUGCAUAGGAGUGAGCCAGACUUCAGUCGAGAUAUCGAUACGGAGAACUCAGAAUGGUUGGGGGUACCUACGGCCAUUGACCCACGGAAACAGAGAAGAUGGUGAUCCUGCACCGCCUCAGGUACCACAACAGCGGCCAGUACUGGCACCCCGUCGGCAGUCGACACGAGACCGUAACCCUCCUGAUAGGUACGAACCUGAACCCUGAAAUAAUUGACUAAAACGGGAGGAAUGUAGUAAUGGACAGUAUUUACUCUUAUGUUAUUUAUGUAGUCAUCAUUUGUCAUCAUUUACUCUUAUGUUCUUUAUGUGAUUAUCAAUUACGCAUGCGUAUACUUAUUCUAUGUUGGGGCCCUGCGUGCCCACUGCAUGGGGUGAUAUCCUCGCCCCCGGUUGCAAUCAAUCAGAGUUUAU